AUGAUAUCCUCCUCUCCCCCGAGGACUGGCCCACACUUUGACUCGCCCGGGAUAGAGGGCUCUUCGAGGACUACAAGCACCGCCGUCAACCGCCGAACUGGUCCUCGCCAUCGUCCUCCUCGGUCACUUCCGCCUUGGAUUGAUUCUUACGAAGAGAAACACGGCUCCGUCGGUGAUGAUCAACUCCGACUAUUAAAUCCUCCCGCGCCCGCCGUUCAGUCGCAGCACAACUCCUCCCCGAGCGAGGUGCAACGCCGUGUCUCGAAAGAUGGCUUCAUAGAUCCGGACGAUCCGCUGCUGGGACAAGGCAGAGGCACGAGGGGAAGGAUCCCUCACAUUCUACGAUAUGGGCGUGCAUCGAUGCGCGGGAGGAAGUGGGAUCACCUCAGGUCCGCCGAGCCCGUCAUCCUCUCGGGGUUCCAACCGGCCACCAGGUCGACACAGCCCAACUUAGCAUGGCAGGACUUUGUACAUUCAUCAGCCUAUGGGCCCAUGCCCAACGAAAACUCUACCGUCGUAGACCCCGAGAUUCUGGACAAGCUGCAGCCAAAUUUCGCCAACCCAGCAUAUCAACCCUACAACGCGCUGGAUGCCAGGAUACCUCGGAAGCGGCGAGCACUCGCGCCAUAUAAACGGGUAUGGUACAUGGCGAUUCGACAUUCCCUUGCACCACUGGUAUUUAGACUUACUGUCAUGGUUACCUCCAUGGUCGCCCUGGCGGUUGCGGCACGAAUCUACCAGAUUGAGGACGUCGAUGCCGAUGAUACCGCAGAGGAGACGCAGUCGGUGGUGGCAGUGGCAGUGGACUGUGUCGCAAUUCCAUACCUCGGGUAUAUGAUCUGGGACGAGUACACUGGGAAGCCACUGGGCUUGCGAUCGGCGGUUUCCAAGAUUUCCCUCAUCUUGCUGGACCUCUUCUUCAUCAUCUUCAAGUCGGCGAGCACGGCACUCGCGUUUGAGAGUUUAGUCUAUCACAAUUUAGCACAUGCCGCGGUGCGGGAUCUGUCAAAGGCGCUGGCAGCAUUCAUGUUGAUAGGCCUCAUAACCUGGACGAUGAACUUUGCCGUCAACAUAUUCCGAACGGUGGAACGACUGGGCGGCGGCGAAGACGACGGUGAGCAUGGAUGA